AUGACAGACUCCGAACCCCAAGCCGUUCAAGUGACCAAGACCCCAGAAGGCAUCACAACCAUAACAAUCAACCGCCACCACAAGAGAAAUGCCAUCGACGGACCAACAGGCAGAAAGCUCACAGAAGCAUUCCUCGCCUUUGAAGACGACCCGUCCCAAAAAGUCUGCGUUUUCUACGGUGCAAACGGCAACUUUUGCGCUGGCUUUGACCUCCAUGAGGUAGCCAAGUUCAACCCCGGCGACCACGAGUACAAGGGUCCCAUCAUCGAUGUCAAGCAUGAAGUUCAUGGUCGCAACAUAGGUCCCAUCGGUCCCUCGAGGAUGCAAGUCAAGAAGCCCGUCAUCAGUGCUGUUUCAGGCUACGCCGUCGCAGGAGGUCUAGAGCUAUCCCUAAUCGGUGACAUGCGCGUCGCAGAAGAAGACGCAGUCUUUGGCGUCUUUUGCAGACGAUUCGGCGUCCCUCUCAUCGACGGUGGCACAGUCCGUCUUCAGGCUAUUGUCGGUCUCGGUCGCGCUCUCGACAUGAUCCUCACCGGCCGGGGAGUCGGCGCCCAAGAGGCUCUGCAGAUGGGCCUCGCCAACCGCGUGGUGCCCAAGGGCCAGGCUCUCGUCGAGGCGACAAAGAUUGCGCAGCAGCUGCUAGCGUUUCCACAAGAGUGCAUGAAUGUCGACCGUGCCAAUUGCUACUACUCUGCCUACAAUGCUUCUUCUUUCGAGGAUGCGUUGGGUAAUGAGUUCCGGAAUGGUGUCAAGGUGAUUACGACGGAGAGUAUAAGGGGUGCUGCCAGGUUCAGCGGAGGAGCUGGACGGCACGGUGCGUUUGAAGAAUCAAAGAUUUGA